AUGGGACCCCCGGGCAAUAGGGGAUCAUGGGGCCCCUGUGUCCUUGCCCAAACCCAAAAAAGCCUAUGAAAGGUACCAGGGGCAUCUCAUAGGGCCCCCUACUGACCCCGGGCCCUCGGGCAGUGCCCGAGUUCCCAAAUGGUCAGUCCGCCCCUGCUCCUUACACAGCACACAAGAACAAGGCUGAGACUAUCAAUCACAGGCUGCGUGCUGGAGCUCCCUUCCUUGUCCCUUUUUUUGUCUUGGUGUCAGGAAAACUUGUCAAAAGUGAUUCAUGCUGAUAGAAGA